CAUUUUUACAAAAAUGGAAAUUAUAUCAUUCUUUUUGCUCGAAUUUUGACGGGUUAACCGCCGAAUUUUAACUGUUAACUACUUCAGUUUACUGUUCCGGUUUCUCGUUUGAUCCACGCUCUACUUUUUGUCGAACAGCGUGAUUUUAAUUUUUCUUUGGUGGUCGUGCAAAUGGUUCUGGAAAUUGUAUAAUUUGCAUUUAUUUUGAGUUGUAUAACUAAAAUUCUUUAAAUUUUUUGAAAUAUAAGCUUUCUGUUGAUCGAUUCCUUGUUUCUGAUAUCUGGGUUGAUGAUUCUGGUAGUGAUCCAAAAGCUCCCCAGCGGAUUCUUGAUUUGAUAAUUUCUUUAGCUUGUUGAAUUUGAAGUCAGAUUUGGGGAUAUUCUGUUCGGGUGUGAUCAAUCAUUCAUAGAUAACCCAUAAUUAUGUCCUUAUCCUUCUGUAAUGAAAGUCUUCAAUAUUUGGUUAUUUUAAUUUGAUGUUUGCACAUAGCAUUCUGUAACAUCGCUCACCUUAGAUGAAAAUUGUGCAGAUUUAUCGCUUGAAAAUGCUUACUUUGGCCAAUAAUAAUUAUAAAAGGAAAACAAAAGGAGAAAUGAUAUAUGCCUUCAUUGCAUAAUAUCCGCACUAUAAUCUACGAUCUGUUGGUCGACAUAAUUCCGAUAGAUUGCAUAAUCUUAGGGUAAUAACUCUGUGAAUGAUGACAUACUGGUCCAAAAAUUGAUAUGUUGCUAUAUUGACCUAUUACUUGUUUAUCAUGCCAAGUGUUUGCGCUCUAUUUGCCGUUGAUUAUAAUCUUCAAUAUUUUUUUUUUUUGUUUAUGUUGAUGCAUUUAUCAGUUUGUUAAUUGGAUGAAUAAGUAAAGAGAGAAUGACGCAGACCUUUCAAUACAGCCAGAUUGAAUUCUUUCGAUAUGAUUUUAAACAUUCAAAUGCCUGUAGCAAUUAUGUAGUAUAAUAAUCUUUUGUUUCGUCUCAUUUUCCUUGUCAAUUUAUAUCAUGGCCAGUGGCAUGAGUUAUUCGUUUAACAUUACAACAUUGGUAGAGGUUUUAAAAGACGAUUUUGACGUAUUUUUUCUAUGUUUUAUCCACAUCUUCACAAAUUCUUUUUGGAAAAGAGAAGAUCCAUGGGCUUCUCUUGGAAGUUUUGCAUUUCAGCUGCUCCCUGCAUAUUAACUUUCAUGUUGUCUUGCCAUUGUGAACAUGUUUCUAUAAUUAUUAGUCCUUGUAAAAUAUACACGAGAAUGUCGUUUUGGUUUAACAAUUGGAUUUAAUUUUUCAUAUACGCUGCAUGCUAUCUCUCUCUUUAGAAUCUAAGAUAGCAUAUACUUGUAAGUUCUUUUAUAUAUUUAAGUCCCACAACUCAUUAUUGAUAAUCAUUUCUCCUCUCCUCUCCUCUCCUCUCCUCUCCUGUGUUGCUUUCAUUCAGAUUUUUUUCUCUGAAGUCUCUAAGUCUUAUAAAUUCUUUAACUGUUUGCUUCUAGUUGAUUCACUAAGUUGACAAUACAUAUCAUAAUUUUUCUGCAUACCCAAUUCAUUUGACACUACAAUGAAAGAUGAAAUCACUCCAUGUUGUGAAUCUGAGUGGUGGAUUAAUCUUGUGAUAUCUUUUGCCCUUGUUGCAUUUGCUAGCAUCACAUCUGGUCUCAGUCUAGGACUCUUGUCGCACAGCAAAGUUGAUCUUGAAGUUCUCAUAAAGUCUGGAGUGCCUCGAGACCAAAAGAAUGCUGGUUAAUAGACAAUUAUUUUUAUUCUUGCCAUUAGGCAUGAUUUUAUAGAACUCUACUUAUGGCUUCAGUCAUUGCUCUUGUUAUUUGCAGCAAAAGUUUUGCCUAUUGUUAAGAAUGAAAUCUUACUCUUGUGUACACUGCUCAUUGCAAAAUCACUGGCGAUGGAGGUUGGUUUAGGUUCCACACAGUGUUAUGAGAACGUUUGGCUAAGAAAGCUCAUUUUAUUAAGGCUCUUCCCAUAUUCCUGGAUAGAAUACUCCCAUUCUGGAGUGCUAUACUGGUCUCGAUGAGUUUUGUAGUGGCUUUUGCAGAGGUGAUCCCUCAAGCUAUAUGCUCAAGAUAUGGACUAAGUUUAGGUGCUAAGUUCACCCUUUUUGUUCAAGUUCUGCAGUUCAUUUUGUUCCCAGUAUCUUACCCAGUUAGUAAGGUACUAGACUGGCUUCUCGGGAAAAACCAUUCUGCAAUUCUAAGAAGGGCAGAACUAAAGACAUAUGUAGACUUGCAUGGAAUUAAGGCAGGGAAAGGUGGAGAUCUUACAGAUGAUGAAACAACUAUUAUAACUGGAGCAAUGAACAUGACACAGAAGACUGCCAGAGAUGCUAUGACACCAAUAUCUCGAACUUUUUCACUUGACAUAAAUUCUAAACUUGACUCGCACACCAUGGGGAUUAUUGCAAGCAAGGGACAUAGUCGCGUACCUAUUUACUUGGAUGAUCCAGCAAAUAUAAUUGGUCUCUUUUUGAUAAAGAACUUGAUCUUCUAUCAUCCUGAAGAUGAGACACCCAUCAAAGAUAUGACUAUCAGGAGAAUUCUCAGGGUAUGCGACAAUUGGCCACUGUAUGAUGUACUAAAGCUUUUUCGAAAGGGCCAUGGCCACAUGGCUGUUGUUGUUAAGUCUGAGACAGACACAAAAAUAACAUCUAAAAGGGCCGAAGAUGGUGCUGAUUUGACAAGUAUUAAUAUUAUUCCAGAUUCAGAACCUACAGAAACAGAUGGGAUAGGAAUUAAUCCUCCAUUAGGUGAAAAAGAGCUUCUAAAUAACUCCUCUGUUUAUCACGGAGAUGGUGAAAUUCAAUCUCAUUCAUUGGACGACGGGAUGAAGAAAUCACAUCUCCCUCUGUUUUUAAAUAAAUGGGAGCAAGAACGUGGACAAAUUUCAAAUGAAGAGUUGGAAUCUCUUAAAGGUAAAUACAUAGAUGAGGAGGUCAUUGGUAUUGUAACAAUGGAAGAUGUCUUGGAGGAACUUCUACAGGAAGAAAUACUGGAUGAAACCGAUCAGCAUGUUGAAAUCCACAAGAGAAUCAGAGUCAAGUUUCUAUCUUCAAGAAGAUCUUCAUCUGCUUCUACUGGAUUGGCUUCAGUCUCACAACUUUAUUGGAGAACUCCUGCGACGUCUCCUUCUUCAUACUAUCAUACUCCUGUAAUCAGCUCUCCAAUCCCUUCUUAUAUCCCGUCCCCUUAUACUCCGAAACUGUCUUCUUCUCCUGCAAAGCCAAGUUUGAGUUUUUCAAGAUCUAUAGGUUCUCUUGGCAGCUCAUCAUCCUCUCAUCAGUUUCCUUCAAUUUCUCGCCACUUCUCAAGUUUAUCACGCGAGAGGUUUUGAUAGGCAGUCGAUGCAUUACUGUACUAUGUCGAGAUACUCAUCAGCCGAAGGCAAACGAAGUAUGCAAGCAUUGAAAUCGUACAUUUGACCACUGUCCCUCCUGUUUUGAAUCUGCCAUGUAACGGACGAAUUUCUUGUUACGAAUGAUCAAUGUUUAUGAUUAUAUAUUCAAGUACCAGUACAUGAAUUCAUGUUGAUGCAAACUCGCAGUUAUUAUAUAUAUUAGGAUUAUUCCAUA